GGGGGGCUCAUUUAGAGGCUCUCCCCGUCAACAUAUCUGUCAGUGCUGCUGAGAUCUGAGAUGAUUAUGGGCCCCUUGUGUUUCUCCCGACCCCCACGCAUCCUCGCUCUCCUACUCGUCGCCACACUUGCAGGGGGGAUUCUCUCUCUCUCUGUUUGGUCUGCGAUGGUGCUACUCUGCCUAACCCCACUCAAGAUGCUGCCCAUACCGAAGGCCCUGUAGCAGACACCAUGGCAGUGACGGAACUAUCAGAGCCUGGCUCUGAGACAGAAAACACCUCACUGUCUACUGAUGUCCCUAAUGAUGUCCCUGUGGAGGAAGAGGGCCUUGUGGUGGAGGAGGGAGUUGUGGAGGAAUGGGGCCUCGUGGUGCAACAGCAGCCCGAUAAAGAGAAGGCAAUGGCGGGAGACGAUGUGGUCUUCUCCUGCUUGCUGUCUGGAGGUGACCCAGAGGGGAUGGGUGUGCAGUGGGUGGUCCAUGGGCACAAGGAGAGGCACACCAUACUGGAGGGCAACCAGAUGUCUAAGGAUGCGUUUGCAGGCCGGGCAUUCCUCUCCGGAAACCCCACUGCUGGGGACUUUUCCAUGAUGCUGAGGAACGUAUCGAGAGUGGACCGCGGUAUUUACCACUGUCUCCUCACUCCCCAUAAUGGCACCACUGUGGAGGGGAGUGGGACCAAGCGCAGCAUCCAUGAGGACCAGGGUCAGUAUUGAAUGCUGGUGUGCUGCUUGAGGAUACAAACUCAGCAGUGUAAAAACACCUGUAGCCAGAUGAAACAGAGUAACUGGGACCGAUAUGUAAAGUAUCUGGAUAUGUAUAAAUAGAACUGUCUUGACACAAACCGGUUCAAAGUGUAGUGUAUUAAGAAUUAUGACUUUGUUAAUGUUUUCAAGUGGAAC